AUGGCGAUGGUGAGUGAUAGUAUGGUGAGUGAUGGGAUGGUGAGUGCUGGGAGGGUGAGUGCUGGGACGGUGAGUGCUCGUAUGUUGAGUGAUAGUAUGGUGAGUGAUGGGAUGGUUAGGGCUGGUAUGCUGAGUGCUAGGAUGGUGAGGGAUGGGAGGGUUAGUGCUGGGAUGGUGAGUGCCCAGAUGGUGAGUGCUGGGAUGGUGAGUGCUGGGAUGGUUAGUGCUGGGAUGGUGAGUGCUGGGAUGGUGAGUGAUGGGAUGGUUAGUGCUCGGAUGCUGAGUGCUGGGAUGGUGAGUGAUGGGAUGGUUAGUGCUGGGACGGUGAGUGCUGGGAUGGUUAGUGCUGGGAUGGUGAGUGCUGGGGUGGUUAGUGCUGGGAUGGUGAGUGCUGGGAUGGUGAGUGCUGGGAGGGUGAGUGCUGGGAUGGUGAGUGAUGGGAUGGUUAGUGCUGGGAUGGUGAGUGCUGGCAUGGUGAAUGCUGGGAUGGUGAGUGAUGGGAUGGUGAGUGCUGGGAUGGUGAGUGCUGGGAUGGUGAGUGCUGGGAGGGUGAGUGCUGGGAUGGUGAGUGAUGGGAUGGUGAGUGCUGGGAUGGUGAGUGCUGGGACGGUGAGUGCUCGUAUGUUGAGUGAUAGUAUGGUGAGUGAUGGGAUGGUUAGGGCUGGUAUGCUGAGUGCUAGGAUGGUGAGGGAUGGGAGGGUUAGUGCUGGGAUGGUGAGUGCCCAGAUGGUGAGUGCUGGGAUGGUGAGUGCUGGGAUGGUUAGUGCUGGGAUGGUGAGUGCUGGGAUGGUGAGUGAUGGGAUGGUUAGUGCUCGGAUGCUGAGUGCUGGGAUGGUGAGUGAUGGGAUGGUUAGUGCUGGGACGGUGAGUGCUGGGAUGGUUAGUGCUGGGAUGGUGAGUGCUGGGGUGGUUAGUGCUGGGAUGGUGAGUGCUGGGAUGGUGAGUGCUGGGAGGGUGAGUGCUGGGAUGGUGAGUGAUGGGAUGGUUAGUGCUGGGAUGGUGAGUGCUGGCAUGGUGAAUGCUGGGAUGGUGAGUGAUGGGAUGGUGAGUGCUGGGAUGGUGAGUGCUGGGAUGGUGAGUGCUGGGAGGGUGAGUGCUGGGAUGGUGAGUGAUGGGAUGGUGAGUGCUGGGAUGGUGAGUGCUGGGACGGUGAGUGCUCGGAUGCUGAGUGCUAGGAUGGUGAGUGAUGGGAUGGUUAGGGAUGGGAUGGUGAGUGCUAGGAUGGUGAGGGAUGGGAUGGUGAGUGAUGGGAUGGUUAGUGCUGGGACGGUGAGUGCUGGGAUAGUGAGUGCUAGGAUGGUGAGUGCGGGUAUGGUGAGUGAUGGGAUGGUGAGUGCUGGGAUGGUGAGUGCUGGGACGGUGAGUGCUGGGAUAGUGAGUGCUGGGAUGGUGAGUGCGGGUAUGGUGAGUGAUGGGAUGGUUAGUGCUAGGAUGGUGAGUGCUGGGAUGGUGAGUGAUGGGAUGGUUAGUGCUGGGAUGGUGAGUGCUGGGAUGGUGAGUGCUGGGAUGGUGAGUGAUGGGAUGGUUAGUGCUGGGACGGUGAGUGCUGGGAUAGUGAGUGCUGGGAUGGUGAGUGCGGGUAUGGUGAGUGAUGGGAUGGUUAGUGCUGGGAUGGUGAGUGCUGGGAUGGUGAGUGAUGGGAUGGUUAGUGCUGGGAUGGUGAGUGCUGGGAUGGUGAGUGCUGGGAUGGUGAGUGAUGGGAUGGUUAGUGCUGCGACGGUGAGUGCUGGGAUAGUGAUUGCUGGGAUGGUGGGUGUUGGUAUGGUGAGUGAUGGGAUGGUUAGUGCUGGGAUGGUGAGUGCUGGGAUGGUGAGUGCUGGGAGGGUGAGUGCUGGGAUGGUGAGUGAUGGGAUGGUUUGUUCUUGGAUGGUGAGUGCUGGGAUGGUGAGUGCUGGGAGGGUGAGUGCUGGGAUGGUGAGUGAUGGGAUGGUUAGUGCUUGGAUGGUGAGUGCUGGGAUGGUGAGUGAUGGGAUGGUGAGUGCACGGAUGGUUAGUGCUGGGAUGGAAAGCCUGUCAUCUGUGGAGCUACCCAACAACGUUCGCACACCCGCACAACAGCAGUGGGUUAGAGACGAGGCAGCUGGAGUCCCUGCCGGAGCGGAUGACAAUCCGCUGAAGUUGUACUCAACGUUCGACAUCGACGCAGACCUGGGGAUGCUGGACCACAUCGUGCAAUGCACCAGGCAGACGUGGGGAUGCUGGACCACAUCGUGCAAUGCACCAGGCAGACCUGGGGAUGCUGGACCACAUCGUGCAAUGCACCAGGCAGACCUGGGGAUGCUGGACCACAUCGUGCAAUGCACCAGGCAGACCUGGGGAUGCUGGACCACAUCGUGCAAUGCACCAGGCAGACGUGGGGAUGCUGGACCACAUCGUGCAAUGCACCAGGCAGACGUGGGGAUGCUCGACCACAUCGUGCAAUGCACCAGGCAGACGUGGGGAUGCUGGACCACAUCGUGCAAUGCACCAGGCAGACCUGGGGAUGCUGGACCACAUCGUGCAAUGCACCAGGCAGACCUGGGGAUGCUGGACCACAUCGUGCAAUGCACCAGGCAGACCUGGGGAUGCUGGACCACAUCGUGCAAUGCACCAGGCAGACCUGGGGAUGCUGGACCACAUCGUGCAAUGCACCAGGCAGACCUGGGGAUGCUGGACCACAUCGUGCAAUGCACCAGGCAGACCUGGGGAUGCUGGACCACAUCGUGCAAUGCACCAGGCAGACCUGGGGAUGCUAGACCACAUCGUGCAAUGCACCAGGCAGACGUGGGGAUGCUGGACCACAUCGUGCAAUGCACCAGGCAGACCUGGGGAUGCUGGACCACAUCGUGCAAUGCACCAGGCAGACCUGGGGAUGCUGGACCACAUCGUGCAAUGCACCAGGCAGACGUGGGGAUGCUGGACCACAUCGUGCAAUGCACCAGGCAGACCUGGGGAUGCUGGACCACAUCGUGCAAUGCACCAGGCAGACCUGGGGAUGCUGGACCACAUCGUGCAAUGCACCAGGCAGACGUGGGGAUGCUGGACCACAUCGUGCAAUGCACCAGGCAGACGUGGGGAUGUUGGACCACAUCGUGCAAUGCACCAGGCAGACCUGGGGAUGCUGGACCACAUCCUGCAAUGCACCAGGCAGACGUGGGGAUGCUGGACCACAUCGUGCAAUGCACCAGGCAGACGUGGGGAUGCUGGACCACAUCGUGCAAUGCACCAGGCAGACCUGGGGAUGCUGGACCACAUCGUGCAAUGCACCAGGCAGACCUGGGGAUGCUGGACCACAUCGUGCAAUGCACCAGGCAGACCUGGGGAUGCUGGACCACAUCGUGCAAUGCACUAGGCAGACCUGGGGAUGCUGGACCACAUCGUGCAAUGCACCAGGCAGACCUGGGGAUGCUGGACCACAUCGUGCAAUGCACCAGGCAGACGUGGGGAUGCUGGACCACAUCGUGCAAUGCACCAGGCAGACCUGGGGAUGCUGGACCACAUCGUGCAAUGCACCAGGCAGACCUGGGGAUGCUGGACCACAUCGUGCAAUGCACCAGGCAGACCUGGGGAUGCUGGACCACAUCGUGCAAUGCACCAGGCAGACGUGGGGAUGCUGGACCACAUCGUGCAAUGCACCAGGCAGACCUGGGGAUGCUGGACCACAUCGUGCAAUGCACCAGGCAGACGUGGGGAUGCUGGACCACAUCGUGCAAUGCACCAGGCAGACCUGGGGAUGCUGGACCACAUCGUGCAAUGCACCAGGCAGACCUGGGGAUGCUGGACCACAUCGUGCAAUGCACCAGGCAGACCUGGGGAUGCUGGACCACAUCGUGCAAUGCACCAGGCAGACCUGGGGAUGCUGGACCACAUCGUGCAAUGCACCAGGCAGACGUGGGGAUGCUCGACCACAUCGUGCAAUGCACCAGGCAGACGUGGGGAUGCUGGACCACAUCGUGCAAUGCACCAGGCAGACCUGGGGAUGCUGGACCACAUCGUGCAAUGCACCAGGCAGACUUGGGGAUGCUGGACCACAUCGUGCAAUGCACCAGGCAGACCUGGGGAUGCUGGACCACAUCGUGCAAUGCACCAGGCAGACCUGGGGAUGCUGGACCACAUCGUGCAAUGCACCAGGCAGACCUGGGGAUGCUGGACCACAUCGUGCAAUGCACCAGGCAGACCUGGGGAUGCUGGACCACAUCGUGCAAUGCACCAGGCAGACCUGGGGAUGCUAGACCACAUCGUGCAAUGCACCAGGCAGACGUGGGGAUGCUGGACCACAUCGUGCAAUGCACCAGGCAGACCUGGGGAUGCUGGACCACAUCGUGCAAUGCACCAGGCAGACCUGGGGAUGCUGGACCACAUCGUGCAAUGCACCAGGCAGACGUGGGGAUGCUGGACCACAUCGUGCAAUGCACCAGGCAGACCUGGGGAUGCUGGACCACAUCGUGCAAUGCACCAGGCAGACCUGGGGAUGCUGGACCACAUCGUGCAAUGCACCAGGCAGACGUGGGGAUGCUGGACCACAUCGUGCAAUGCACCAGGCAGACGUGGGGAUGUUGGACCACAUCGUGCAAUGCACCAGGCAGACCUGGGGAUGCUGGACCACAUCGUGCAAUGCACCAGGCAGACGUGGGGAUGCUGGACCACAUCGUGCAAUGCACCAGGCAGACGUGGGGAUGCUGGACCACAUCGUGCAAUGCACCAGGCAGACCUGGGGAUGCUGGACCACAUCGUGCAAUGCACCAGGCAGACCUGGGGAUGCUGGACCACAUCGUGCAAUGCACCAGGCAGACCUGGGGAUGCUGGACCACAUCGUGCAAUGCACUAGGCAGACCUGGGGAUGCUGGACCACAUCGUGCAAUGCACCAGGCAGACCUGGGGAUGCUGGACCACAUCGUGCAAUGCACCAGGCAGACGUGGGGAUGCUGGACCACAUCGUGCAAUGCACCAGGCAGACCUGGGGAUGCUGGACCACAUCGUGCAAUGCACCAGGCAGACCUGGGGAUGCUGGACCACAUCGUGCAAUGCACCAGGCAGACCUGGGGAUGCUGGACCACAUCGUGCAAUGCACCAGGCAGACGUGGGGAUGCUGGACCACAUCGUGCAAUGCACCAGGCAGACCUGGGGAUGCUGGACCACAUCGUGCAAUGCACCAGGCAGACGUGGGGAUGCUGGACCACAUCGUGCAAUGCACCAGGCAGACCUGGGGAUGCUGGACCACAUCGUGCAAUGCACCAGGCAGACCUGGGGAUGCUGGACCACAUCGUGCAAUGCACCAGGCAGACCUGGGGAUGCUGGACCACAUUGUGCAAUGCACCAGGCAGACCUGGGGAUGCUGGACCACAUCGUGCAAUGCACCAGGCAGACCUGGGGAUGCUGGACCACAUCGUGCAAUGCACCAGGCAGACCUGGGGAUGCUGGACCACAUCGUGCAAUGCACCAGGCAGACGUGGGGAUGCUGGACCACAUCGUGCAAUGCACCAGGCAGACCUGGGGAUGCUGGACCACAUCGUGCAAUGCACCAGGCAGACCUGGGGAUGCUGGACCACAUCGUGCAAUGCACCAGGCAGACGUGGGGAUGCUGGACCACAUCGUGCAAUGCACCAGGCAGACCUGGGGAUGCUGGACCACAUCGUGCAAUGCACCAGGCAGACCUGGGGAUGCUGGACCACAUCGUGCAAUGCACCAGGCAGACCUGGGGAUGCUGGACCACAUCGUGCAAUGCACCAGGCAGACGUGGGGAUGCUGGACCACAUUGUGCAAUGCACCAGGCAGACGUGGGGAUGCUGGACCACAUCGUGCAAUGCACCAGGCAGACCUGGGGAUGCUGGACCACAUCGUGCAAUGCACCAGGCAGACGUGGGGAUGCUGGACCACAUCGUGCAAUGCACCAGGCAGACCUGGGGAUGCUGGACCACAUCGUGCAAUGCACCAGGCAGACGUGGGGAUGCUGGACCACAUCGUGCAAUGCACCAGGCAGACCUGGGGAUGCUGGACCACAUCGUGCAAUGCACCAGGCAGACCUGGGGAUGCUGGACCACAUCGUGCAAUGCACCAGGCAGACCUGGGGAUGCUGGACCACAUCGUGCAAUGCACCAGGCAGACCUGGGGAUGCUGGACCACAUCGUGCAAUGCACCAGGCAGACCUGGGGAUGCUGGACCACAUCGUGCAAUGCACCAGGCAGACGUGGGGAUGCUGGACCACAUCGUGCAAUGCACCAGGCAGACGUGGGGAUGCUGGACCACAUCGUGCAAUGCACCAGGCAGACGUGGGGAUGCUGGACCACAUCGUGCAAUGCACCAGGCAGACCUGGGGAUGCUGGACCACAUCGUGCAAUGCACCAGGCAGACCUGGGGAUGCUGGACCACAUCGUGCAAUGCACCAGGCAGACCUGGGGAUGCUGGACCACAUCGUGCAAUGCACCAGGCAGACCUGGGGAUGCUGGACCACAUUGUGCAAUGCACCAGGCAGACCUGGGGAUGCUGGACCACAUCGUGCAAUGCACCAGGCAGACCUGGGGAUGCUGGACCACAUCGUGCAAUGCACCAGGCAGACCUGGGGAUGCUGGACCACAUCGUGCAAUGCACCAGGCAGACCUGGGGAUGCUGGACCACAUCGUGCAAUGCACCAGGCAGACGUGGGGAUGCUGGACCACAUCGUGCAAUGCACCAGGCAGACCUGGGGAUGCUGGACCACAUCGUGCAAUGCACCAGGCAGACCUGGGGAUGCUGGACCACAUCGUGCAAUGCACCAGGCAGACGUGGGGAUGCUGGACCACAUCGUGCAAUGCACCAGGCAGACCUGGGGAUGCUGGACCACAUCGUGCAAUGCACCAGGCAGACCUGGGGAUGCUGGACCACAUCGUGCAAUGCACCAGGCAGACCUGGGGAUGCUGGACCACAUCGUGCAAUGCACCAGGCAGACGUGGGGAUGCUGGACCACAUUGUGCAAUGCACCAGGCAGACGUGGGGAUGCUGGACCACAUCGUGCAAUGCACCAGGCAGACCUGGGGAUGCUGGACCACAUCGUGCAAUGCACCAGGCAGACGUGGGGAUGCUGGACCACAUCGUGCAAUGCACCAGGCAGACCUGGGGAUGCUGGACCACAUCGUGCAAUGCACCAGGCAGACACCUGGGGAUGCUGGACCACAUCGUGCAAUGCACCAGGCAGACCUGGGGAUGCUGGACCACAUCGUGCAAUGCACCAGGCAGACCUGGGGAUGCUGGACCACAUCGUGCAAUGCACCAGGCAGACCUGGGGAUGCUGGACCACAUCGUGCAAUGCACCAGGCAGACCUGGGGAUGCUGGACCACAUCGUGCAAUGCACCAGGCAGACCUGGGGAUGCUGGACCACAUCGUGCAAUGCAUCCGCGCCCAACACCUAA